CACGGCAGCGGGAGCGGGAGCGGUGUGAUAGCUUUGUUUCCUGUUAUUUUAUUGUUUCUAUUGCUAUUGACUCUAUCGAGAAGGAACUCACUCGAGUUGUUCAUUCUUCUUCCGUUGCUAGGAAACUUCCUAACACAUAACUAUGUGAAUGAAUUACAUAAUAUAAUGUGAAUAAUAGUUUUAAAAUGAAUUAGGUAUUAUGAUAUUAAAUGAAAAUGUCAUAUGAGAAAAGCAGAGCAGCUAUCAUCUACGAGCCUAAGACUGGGACAUCAGGUUUCGUCUGUACGUUCAGAAGAUAGAAAAGAUAAUUGCGUUUUUUCUACGGGUAUACUGUGACUUUGAGCAAUUAAACGUCUAAUAAAAAAUUAUCUUGUAAAGUAUACAAAAUACCCCGACGUUAGUUGUGUCGUUCAGUGGACAGGGUGUUUGUGUCAGUGGGGUCUGAGUGAGCAACAGCUGUGGAGAGCGGCGUGCGGUGUGUGGUGUGGGGCAUGGUGCGGGGGCGCAGGCGCUGGCGCAGGCGGGCCGAUGAGCGCGCGCCUCGUGUUCAAUGGGCUGACGGCGGAGCUGGGCGGGGAGCGUGCGGCGCCGCCCGCCUCUCCGGAGCCCUACCACGAGCUGGAGAUAUACCGGCAGCUGCUGGCACUACCGCGGCGUGCACGCACACCCGACCCUUCACCCCCGUCGCGUGAAGAGCCGGAGCGGCGGUGUCGCACGCCGGCCCCGCGCCCCGCGCGCCCAUCCUGCACCUGCCAGCACGCCGUGCGCCCCGCUAAGUACCUGGGCUCGUGCGCACUACCAGCUGCAGGCGGGCAAUGUGCGGCGGGUGGGCAAAUCGUGGCGGACGGGCAAUGCGGAGCGGGCGGGCAAUGCGAGGCGGACGGGCAGUGUCCGGUGACGAGAGGCCACGUUGUCUCUCUGCUACUACAUCUUUUGAAGGCGGCGCGGGCGGCGCGGGCGGCGGGCGGGCGCGCGCAGCUCGUGCUGCUGGAGGUGGCGCCGUGCGGGCUCACCGUGCGCGACGCCCGCGACCAGGUCACCGCUGACUCUACGUAA